CUUGAACACUCUCUUUCCCUCUCUUGUACGAUUGGUUUCACGGGAGUUGAUUAUGAUCUUCUUUGAUUGCGGCAAUCUGUCCCAAUACAAACUUUUGCACCUUUUCUACACUUUUAUAUUCUGCACUACUAUUGCUCACUUUGUCCUAAGCUGCCCACUAUAGACUGUACAAUCAUGGCUGUCCUUUAUCCAUCUUCUUCUUCUUCCUCCUCCUCCUUUUCUUCCUCCUUUUUCACUUGCUUGCUUAUCAUUUUCUUUCUAACUAUAAGCUCUUCCAAUUGUGUAGCCAUCAAAUCCAAUGCCGCACUUCCCCCACACCAACUUUCUGUCAAUUACUAUGCAAAAUCUUGCCCUCAAGUUGAACAACUCAUCGGCUCCAUCACCUCUCAACAAUUCAAAGAAGCCCCUGUCUCUGCACCGGCCACCAUUCGUCUCUUCUUCCAUGACUGCUUUGUAGAAGGCUGUGAUGCGUCUAUCCUUCUAGAAACAAAGCCUGGAAGUAAGAUAUUAGCUGAGAAGGAUGCUGAGGACAACAAGAACCUGAGAACUGAAGGUUUUGAUACAAUAAUGAGAGCCAAGACUUUGGUCGAGAGCAAAUGCCCUGGCGUUGUUUCUUGUGCUGAUAUUCUAGCAAUUGCAGCCAGAGAUUUUGUCCAUUUGACAGGGGGACCUUAUUACCAAGUGAAGAAAGGAAGGUGGGAUGGGAAAAUAUCAAUGGCAACCAGGGUCCCCAACAACCUCCCACGUGCAAAUUCAACCGUCGAUCGAAUGAUCAAACUCUUCAUCUCAAAAGGGUUGACUGUCCAAGACCUGGUUGUACUCUCAGGUGCCCACACUAUCGGCUUUGCCCACUGCGAGCACUUUGUGGGCCGACUUUAUGAUUAUAAGGGCACUAAGCAGCCUGACCCCUCCAUUGAUCCAAGACUCCUAAAGGCCCUAAAAAUGUCUUGUCCACAUAUUGGUGGCAAUGCUGACAUUGUCGCUCCAUUUGAUGUUACCACCCCUUUCUUAUUCGACCAUGCUUAUUAUGCAAAUUUGGAGGGCAAAUUGGGCUUGUUAGCAUCAGACCAAGGUCUAUUUUUGGACCCAAGUACCAAGCCUCUGGUCCAAUCUCUUGGUCAGGACAAGGCAAAGUUCUUCCAGGCCUUCUCAGCCGCCAUGGUUAAAAUGGGCUCAAUUGGUGCCCAAAGGGGAAGAACACAUGGAGAGAAACGGAAAGAUUGUAGUAUGCGCAUCUGA